UUCUUCUAUUAGCCAUCGGGGACAGUGGUAGGUAGUACUAUCCAUCUAUAAAUAUAUUGUCAUACACAAAUCCCAACCGAUUUUGACUCUGAACACUUCCGUAGAAUGGAUUGGAGUGAGUUGAGAAAAGCGGUGGAAGAGGUUGAACUUGUGGAUGCUCAUGCUCACAACUUAGUUGCACUUGACUCCAAUUUUCCAUUCAUUCAUGCUUUUUCUGAAGCCCAAGGCGAUGCUCUUGCUUCUUCACAACACUCUCUAUCCUUCAAGAGAAGUUUAAGGGAUUUAGCUGAGCUAUAUGGAUGUGAUUCAUCUUUGCAAUGCGUCGAAGAAUAUCGAGGAGUGUCUGGAUUGGAACUCGCGUGUUCGACAUGUUUCAAAGCUGCAAGAAUUUCUGCUAUACUCAUAGAUGAUGGGUUAGAAUUGGACAAAAAACAUGAUAUAGAAUGGCAUAAGGGUUUUACAACUCUUGUUGGUCGAAUCUUAAGAAUCGAAAAAGUGGCUGAGAAAAUCCUUGAUGAAGAUUUGCCUGAUGGAUUUAGCUGGACACUGGAUUCAUUCACUAAAGCAUUCGUCUCAAAGUUGGAAUCAGUCGCCAGUGAGAUCUAUGGUUUGAAAAGCAUAGCUGCAUAUCGCAGUGGACUAGAAAUCAAUACAAAUGUGACUAAAAUAGAGGCUGAAGAGGGUCUCACACAGGUGUUACUUGCCGCCAAGCCUAUUCGUAUUGAAAACAAAAAUCUUAUCGAUUACAUCUUCUUGCAAAGUUUGGAAGUUGCUCAAUCCUAUGACCUGCCAAUGCAGAUACACACAGGCUUUGGUGAUCAAGAUUUGGAUAUGCGACUGUCGAAUCCUCUUCAUCUCCGUUCAAUUUUUGAGGACAAGAGAUAUUCAAAAUCUCGGAUAGUUCUUUUACAUGCAUCCUAUCCAUUCUCGAAGGAAGCAUCGUAUCUAGCAUCUGUGUACCCUCAGGUUUACCUUGAUUUUGGGUUGGCAAUUCCAAAGCUUAGUGUACAUGGGAUGAUUUCAUCAUUGAAAGAGCUUUUAGAACUGGCUCCAAUAAAUAAGGUGAUGUUUAGUACCGACGGCUAUGCAUUUCCUGAAACCUUCUACUUAGGUGCAAAGAAGUCUCGUGAAGUUAUUUUCUCCGUUCUGCGCGAUUCAUGCAUUGAUGGUGAUCUCUCUAUUCCCGAGGCUGUGGAAGCUGCGAAAGACAUCCUUGCAAGAAAUGCAAUCCAUUUCUAUAAGAUUAAUUUUGCUAACAGUGUUGUUAGUUCACAUAAUAGUUUACCACUAACUGUGAUUGAUGAUUUAGAGAGUGAUGUUUCAUUUGUUCGUAUAAUAUGGGUUGAUAAUUCAGGACAACACAGAUGCCGUGCUGUUCCUAGAAAGCGUUUCAACAAUGCUGUUACGAAGAAUGGGGUUGGUUUAGCAUUUGCGGUUAUGGGAAUGACUUCUUUUUUGGAUGGACCUGCAGCUGAUUGUGGUUUAGGUGCCGUUGGUGAAACAAGAUUAACGCCUGACAUCUCUACUAGAAAGACAAUUCCUUGGAGCAAGCAAGAUGAAAUGGUUUUGGGUGAUAUGAAUGCUAAACCUGGCCAAGCAUGGGAAUAUUGUCCAAGAGAGGCCUUAAGAAGAGCUUCCAAAAUUCUCAAAGAUGAAUUUGAUUUGGUAAUGAAUGCAGGAUUUGAGAAUGAGUUUUUUCUCUUGAAGAGUAUAACAAGGGAAGGGAAAGAAGAAUGGAUACCAUUUGAUUCUAGUCCUUACUGCUCCUCGUCAGCAUUUGAUGCUGCUUCCCCAAUACUUCGCGAAGUAGCUUCUGCUUUACAUUCCAUGGGCAUUCCAGUAGAACAGGUACAUGCCGAAGCUGGAAAAGGUCAAUUUGAGCUUGUUCUGGGACAUACCAUUUGUACUAAAGCUGCCGACAACUUAGUUUACACACGUGAAACUGUUAGGUCAAUUGCUAGAAAACAUGGUCUGCUCGCAACUUUUAUUCCAAAGUAUGCAUUAGACGAUUUGGGUUCUGGAAGCCAUGUGCAUCUAAGCUUGUGGCAGAAUGGUAAAAAUGUAUUUAUGGCAUCAGAUGGAUCAUCAACAUACGGAAUAUCAACUUUGGGAAAAGAAUUUAUGGCUGGAGUUCUAUAUAAUCUUCCUUCUAUUUUGCCAUUUGUAGCACCGCUUCCUAUCAGUUAUGAUAGGUUGCAGCCGAACACAUGGAGUGGUGCAUACUUGUUCUGGGGCAAUGAAAAUAAGGAGGCUCCAUUGCGAGCUGCAUCGCCUCCUGGAAUUCCUGGUGGUUUAGUGAGUAAUUUUGAGGUUAAAUCAUUUGAUGGUUCUGCAAACCCAUACUUAGGCUUAGCUGCUAUAAUUGCUGCUGGAAUUGACGGCCUUCGCCGGCAUCUUUCUCUUCCCAAACCAGUCGAUAAAGAUCCAAAUCCAGAAAACCUUCAGAGAUUACCAAAAUCACUUUCAGAAUCUUUGGAAGCUCUCCAUAAGGCUGACUUCCUUGAAGAAUUUUUUAGUGAUAAGUUGUUGACUGCCAUAAAAGCAAUUCGAAAGGCUGAAAUUGAUCAUUACUUGGGGAACAAGGAUGCAUACAAGCAACUUAUACACCGUUAUUGAGCUACUCCUCUUUUUUCCUAUGUAACUGAUUAUAGCAUGAUUUGGAUUCUGGAGAAUAUUUCACAUUAUAAAUUUUCAUAGCUUUCAUUUACACUUCUCAUUUAAAUGAUUAUAGUUAAAUUAAGGAUAAUUAAUUAUAUCUCAUUUUACUGGUGUUC